CUGCCCUGCCUUUGCGCCAAACACACUUAGCAGGCUGAGCGAAUCCUCAGGCUCAAACUGACAAGCCAACCUCGGCAACUCCAGCCGCCGAAGCUGUCCUGGCCCCGGAGCCCCGGAGCCCCAGAGCCUGCUGGCGGGGGCUGUGCCCUGCUGGUGGUGGAGGCCCCCGAGGAAGCGCUCCAGGCAGGGAGCCCAGCAACAGCAGCGUCAGGGCCUCGGGGGCCCCCACUCCGGGUCCUGGAGCCCCGGCUAGGAUAGUCGAGGCAGGAAGAGGGGCCCUCACAACCCGUGAUGCCGCUGCCAGGGCCUAGAAGGCAGGUGUACGGGGCUGUGGGAAUUGGGGUCCCUCAUACUCCCCCACCCUCCGGGAGUCAAGGCACAUCUGCCCACCCAGACCCUCGGUGGGUCCUCUGUGCCCUCCCCUCACCUGGCAUCCCACCCCCAGCAGGACCCCCAGGAUCUAUUCACACCAGACUUGCAUCCCAUGUGCCACAAGGCCUGUCAGUGGGGGACACUGAUCGUUACGCCAGCAGGUCUCUAAGGCUGUGCUUCUUGGUGUUGUCAUAUCUCGCAGGGCCUGACAUGCAAAAGCGGCCUUUACUUUUUCAUAGUUGCUGAAUGUCUGCAGGGAGGAAGGAGGCGGCUCUUUAUCUCAAGAGACCAGAAGAAAAUUCCUGGCCAUUCAGAAUGGUUUCCCAGGGCUCCUCGCCCUCCCUGCUGGAGGCCCUGAGCAGCGACUUCCUAGCCUGUAAAAUCUGCCUGGAGCAGCUGCGGGUGCCCAAAACGUUGCCCUGCCUGCAUACCUACUGCCAGGACUGCCUGGCCCAGUUGGCCGAGGGCAGCCACCUCCGAUGCCCUGAGUGCCGCGAGACUGUGCCUGUGCCGCCCACGGGCGUGGCUGCCUUCAAGACCAACUUCUUUGUCAAUGGGCUCCUGGAUUUGGUGAAGGCCCGAGCCGGUGGAGACCUGCGCGCAGGGAAGCCGGCCUGUGCACUGUGCCCGCUGAUGGGGGGCGCCAGCGCGGGGGGGCCAGCCACAGCCCGGUGCCUGGACUGCGCCGACGACUUGUGCCAGGCCUGUGCCGAUGGGCACCGCUGCACUCGGCAGACCCACAGCCACCGAGUGGUGGACCUGGUGGGCUACAGGGCAGGGUGGUACGACGAGGAGGCCCGGGAGCGCCAGGCGGCCCAGUGUCCCCAGCACCCGGGGGAGUCCCUGCGCUUCCUUUGCCAGCCCUGCUCCCAGCUGCUGUGCCGGGAGUGUCGCCUGGACCCCCACCUGGACCACCCCUGCCUGCCCCUGGCCGAGGCUGUGCGUGCCCGGAGGCCAGGCCUCGAGGAGCUACUGGCGGGCGUGGACAGCAACCUGGCCGAGCUGGAGGCCACCCGGCUGGCGGAAGAGGAAGCCUUGGCCUGUCUGCGGGAGCAGGCAGCCAAGGUGGGCACGCAGGUGGAAGAGGCAGCCGAGGGGGUCCUCCGGGCCCUCCUGGCCCAGAAGCAGGAGGUGCUGGGGCAGCUACGGGCCCACGUGGAGGCUGCCGAGGAGGCUGCACGGGAGAGGCUGGGGGAGCUGGAGAGCCGGGCACAGGUGGCCAGGGAGGCGGCCGCCUUUGCCCGUCGCGUGCUCAGCCUGGGUCGGGAGGCCGAGAUACUCUCACUGGAGGGGGCGAUUGCCCAAAGGCUUCAGCAGCUGCAGCGUUGUCCCUGGAUGCCUGGGCCAGCCCCCUGCCUGCUGCCCCAGCUGGAGCUCCAUCCUGGACUCCUGGACAAGAACCGCCAGCUGCUAAGGCUCUCCUUUCAGGAGCAGCAGCCCCAGAAGGACAGCGGGAAAGACGGAGCCAGAUGCCAGGGAGGCGCUGCAACCCCGCCCCAGAGCAGGGACGGAGCCCAGACCCCAAAGCAGGACAGCGCGCAGCCGCCCCAGGAAGAUGGAGCCCAGACCCUAAAGGCGGAGAGAGCUGAGACGCCCCAGGAAGAUGGAGCCCAGACCCCGAAAGAGGGCAGAGCCCAGACACCCCAGGAAGAUGGAGGAGCCCAGUCCCCAAGGGGCGGCCGAUCCAACAAGAAGAGGAAGUUCAAAGGCAGGCUCAAGUCCGUUUCCCGGGAGCCCAGCCCAGCACCUGGGCCGAACCUGGAGGGCUCUGGCCUCCUCCCCAGGCCCAUCUUUUUCUGCAGCUUCCCCACACGGAUGCCGGGGGACAAGCGGUCUCCGCGGAUCACCGGGCUGUGUCCCUUUGGCUCCCGGGAGAUCCUGGUGGCAGAUGAGCAGAACAGGGCCCUGAAGCGCUUCUCCCUCAAUGGCGACUACAAGGGCGCGGUGCCCGUCCCCGAGGGCUGCUCCCCGUGCAGCGUGGCCGCCCUGCAGGACGCCGUGGCCUUCUCGGCUGGCGCUCGCCUCUAUCUCAUCCGCCCCAACGGCGAGGUGCAGUGGCGCCGGGCGCUGAGCCUCUGCCAGGCCAGCCACGCCGUGGCCGCCAUGCCGAGCGGGGACCGGGUGGCCGUCAGCGUGUCAGGCCACGUGGAGGUGUACAACAUGGAAGGCAGCCUGGCCACCCGGUUUAUCCCUGGGGGCAAGGCCAGCCGGGGCCUGCGGGCACUAGUGUUCCUGACCACCAGCCCCCAGGGCAAUUUCGUGGGGUCAGAUUGGCAGCAGAGUAGCCUGGUGGUCUGUGACGGGCUGGGCCAGGUGAUUGGGGAGUACCGGGGGCCGGGCCUGCACGGCUGCCAGCCAGGCUCUGUGUCCGUGGAUAAGAAGGGCUACAUCUUUCUGACCCUUCGGGAGGUCAACAAGGUGGUGAUCCUCGAUCCGAAGGGGUCGCUGCUCGGUGACUUCCUGACGGCCUAUCAUGGCCUGGAAAAGCCCCGGGUGACCACCAUGGUGGAUGGCAGGUACCUGGUUGUGUCCCUCAGUAAUGGGACCAUCCAUGUCUUUCGGGUCCGCCCUCCUGACAGUUAAAGGGCUGGGACUGGAGAGACACUUCGGGGUGGGGGGACUGGGGGGGUAGAGAGAAGGGAAGCAGGGCGGCCCGAGGGAUGUGGUGGCCGAGGGCAUUUUCCCAGAGAGCAGGGGUUGGCAACUUUUCAAGGUGAAGUGCGAAACCGCUCUUCAGGUGCGCAGGAAUAGGGACCAAGGCGGGUGGCAUGGCCGUAACCCUCGGAAGCGGAAGAGGAGGGGUUGGAGGGGUGCUGGGCAUUAAUGCUGCUUGCUUUUGCUGGGGGUGACUGCCACUGCCGCCGCCGUAGAGUCUAGGUUUCCAAGAUGUGUAAGCUAGUCCUGAUUUGAGUUCUUUAAAACCAUUCCUGAUGGGGUAGCCCAGGGAGAGUCUUGGGGAAGUGGGUAGAAAUAGUCCUUUAAGCCCAGGGCUUGAAGGGUAUGUCAGGUAUGUACUUUCUGGAAGAGAGCUGAGAACCCCCUCCCCUCUGACUUGAACGGGACGCACCAAGUCAGAAGAGGUCUGGGAUUUUGAACCCGGCCAUAAAUGGCAUCUUCCACCAGCCUCGGCUGGGAAGUUGAGGCUCCUCUGAUAAUGGCGUCCCCCAGUGAAGUGCGGGCUGGACUUCACGGGGGACCAAGUAUAGACACAAGCCGAGGCCAACAGGCGUUUACCUUUAAGUCCGUGAAGAGAAUGUGCUACUAGAAAAUGGAACCCGGCGGGGUUGGAGUCUAAAACACAGGGUUCUGAGUGUGAGACAAGGGGAGACCCUGGGUCUUACCCCCCGACUUCCACCACCCCUCACCUCCAAGCCAACCUGAGGCCAGACCUAUGUAGGAUUUAAAACCUUUUCUUUUUUGAUGUCUUUACACUUCCUGGAGUUUAUUUUUAGCCCCCUCUUAGUUUUCUGGCACAAUUCCUGUUGAGAAACUGUGGCUGCACUAAGGGGUUGAAGGCAUUUGUCCAUAUUGCCGUUAUGGGUGGGGAAAAAACCUAAGGCUAGAGGCCAGGUGAGGGACUCGGGCCAAACCGGUUGGAAAACCUGGGAAGUCGGUAGUGGGGCUGGGAUGGGCGGAGGGGUGAAAAUCUCAUGGAGGGAUCCCAUCAGAAGGGAGCCGUGACCACCGGCCUUUUGCACAGGCUGUGGCAGCGGUGGAACUGAGGUGGACAUGUUUAGCCAGGGGCUGUUGAGAGGUGACCAAAGGGAAUAAUAUGUAAGGAUCAUGGGCAGUGAGUGUUCAUGGGAACCAGAGAGAUUUUGGACAAGUCCAGAUGGAAAAUGCAGGACAUUAGGUGUAGGGAAAAGAAAAUCUGUUUCCAGGGAGGUCGUUGAUUGUUUAAUGAAGUGAAAGGGGAAAUCAUCAAUGUCAGGUGGACAAAUUCAAUUAUAUAAAAUUUUGAAAUGUAUGCACAGGAAAGAAGAAUGAAGAUUAAAGGAAAAUCAAUGAGAUGAGGAAAUGACGGAGCAUUGAUCUAAGGAGUCUCCAGUAUAUGGAGCGACUAAACAGAUCUACUUGGUCAAACGACCAAAUAAGCCGUAUACCCAAGAGGAACGCACACAGGCCAGGACACAUAAAAUGAAACAUAAAAUAAAAUCGACCACUUGCAUUCGUCAAAAAUACAUUUUAAAAAAUAUGUCGUGGGGAAGUAGACCCCUGGCACUAUAAAUGAUGCUUCCUGGUGAACAGUUUGGCAAUUCUUGACAAAAGUCAAAGAAGUGAUUAUAAGACGAAGUUAUCUCACUUUGGGGAGUACAUUCUGGGAAAAGGAUACAAAAGGAAAAAACGUAUCUGCACACAGGUAUUUGUGGCCACCCUGUCUAUUACAGUCUUUGACAGGAAACAGCUCAGCUUAGCUCGCCAAUUCUGGCUAGACCAGAAUCUAGCCAAGUAGACUGUGUUCUACCAGGACAGUGAGCUGCUGCCUUCAUGGAUGACAAUUAUGAGAACUAUUUAGGAGAAUAUGAUGUUAUAUGAUGCAAUCGUAAGCCAAAAAAAAAAGAUUUUGGCUUUCUGUUCAUGUAAUGAUAGCAACAAGAUAAAACCAUGUCUGAAUAGUUACCGAAUGGAAAUAGGUUCAAAAUGUGUAAAUAGUCAGUGAUUGGGGAGAUUGGGUUCUUUUUAUUUCAUGCUGUUAUUCAUAUACGCACAUUUCUACUUCAGUUAUUACUGUCCGUUAAAUAACAUAUAUGCUUGACUACUUCAGAAAAAUACACUCAAGAAUAACUACUGGAUUUGUGAAUGAAUGUGUCAGAAUAAGUGAGACUGUUCUGUCAGGGGUAGGGGUGGGGGGCUAGGCAGGAGUCAGGAGGAGAAUCCCAGCCAGUCAGGACCCAGCAGGGAGGAAGGUUCGUCAGAGCAGGGUCCUGUCUGGUGACUGACCAAGGAAUCUGCCCUGGGAAGUUUGCAGAGGUCAGGUGGUCCCCGUGGGUGGUCCCCGUGGGUGAUCGGUCAUUGUGGAGUGUCCAGAGACAGGGGAAGGUCUUACUGAGUUCACCAACUAAUUCAGACCAACCGGAAACCAAGUGGCGGUUCUGCGGAACCAGCUGGUUUAAGAUGAGUUGCACGAGUGGGGUGCCGUGUCUGUCUUCUUUGCAGCUCUCUCUACAGAGUCAGCACAGUGACGGCUCCUAGUAGGUGCUCUGUAAACGCCUGUGGAGUGAAUUGAUGUCUAGAAAAUGCCAGGUUGUCCAAAACUUUGGCUUGUGGGAAAUCUCCAGUAGGGGGCACUGUGGACACAGCCUACCGUAAGCCUCCAGGAGACUGGCUCAGCUCUAAGUCACAAAAGAGGUGAAAUUCGCGUGUCCUUCUUAUAUGUCCUGGGCAGGGGGUGGGGGUGGGGGGUCCUGGCCUCUAGGGGAUAAAUACCUUCAGGUUUGCAGAGCCGCAUGGGAGCCACGUGCAGAGGGCCCGGCUGGUGGAAUGGCUGCAGUCAAGUGGCUCACCCCUGAGGCAGGAAUAGAGAACUUCCAGAGGGAAAUAUCACCUGGAUUCAGGAAGAGAAUCCCACAGAUGCUCUAAAGAUGAAGGGGGCACAGGGCUUUCCAUGACGCUGUAGGAAGCCUGGGGAGUCAGGCACUGGACGAUUGACAGACUUACUGAAUUUUCCUCGUGAAGGGGUAGGGGUGGGAAGACACAGAACAUGGCAAAAUGUGAAACGGAUGAGAAGUAUAGCAUUGAGCGUAAUUUGGAGGUAAAAUCCUCAGUGCCCCAACUGUCACCUGGGAAUCCUAAAUCCCGGCAAAGAAAGCACUGCUCAGUGCGGAGAGAGAGUUCUCGGCUCAACUACAGAUGUUAAGUAAUAGGAACGUUGUGUAAGAUCCGACAUCCGCACCCUGCAUUGGACUAUGACAAUGAUCGCUCAUUCCUUGUGCUGUCUGGAACUCUCCAGAUCGUGUAGGAAAGGAGAACGCCGUUCGGGUAGAGAGAAAGGGAGUAGAGAACCUUGUUCAUAUUCUCUGUGCUUAAAAAAGGAAGGUGAGGGCUUCCCUGGUGGCGCAGUGGUUGAGAGUCCGCCUGCCGAUGCAGGGGACACGGGUUUGAGCCCUGGUCUGGGAGGAUCCCACAUGCCGCGGAGCAACUAGGCCCGUGAGCCAUGGCCGCUGAGCCUGCGCGUCCGGAGCCUGUGCUCCGCAACAAGAGAGGCCGCGAUAGUGAGAGGCCCGCGCACCAUGAUGAAGAGUGGCCCCCGCUUGCCACAACUAGAGAAAACCCUCGCACAGAAACGAAGACCCAACACUGCCAUAAAUAAAUAAAUUUAAAUGAUAAAUCAUAUCUUUAAAAAAAAAAAAAAAAAGGAAGGUGAAUGAGGCAGUGGAGACCUGGGUUGAAUGCUGGCUCUUCCAACUAAAUAGCUGUGUGAUGUUGGUCUAGCUCCCUAACCUCUCUGAACCUCAGUUUCUACAUCAGUAAAAUAGCGAUAAUAGUAUUCACCAUGCCCACCUCACGGGGUGGUGGUGAGGACUGGCUGAGAGGCAUAGAGAAGGAUUUUGUACCCCAUAAAGCUCAAAUCUGCAGUCUUGGUUGGGAAAAAUUUUAACCGACUUUAGCACUGACUUAUUUUCCAUCAGGGUAAGCUUGAAUGGGGAUAUUGUGCGCAUGCAUUGUGAGGGGAAAACUCGAGGACGUCUGGGUAGAGUUGUGACCUGCUUCUCCUUUGGAGGAGACUGUUCUGUUUCGCUUUCCAGCAGUUAUUUGGAGAAGCCAUUUGCUAAGACACAGCAGUGACCGUAGGAGCAGAAGGGACCGAUGGCCAGCUUGCUAAGACCAAGGCCAGCUGAGAAUCAGGCUGUACUAAUGAAGGCCCGAUAGCCAUAGACAUUUAGAAGAAAUUCACAAUGGCAAGAGUAGCCCAAUUUUUUGAUAAUUUAGAGAAAAUAUAAUUUGGGAGAAAAUAACUCUUCUUUCGCUGUAGUCUUAUUAUUACUGUAUCUAUAAUGCCAUGUCAUCGAAUAAUCUACAGAGAUAAUAUUCCAGAGGGGCAGACAUUCAAGAGAGAAGUCAGAAGUCUUCCGAGGAAAUUGAUGAGGUUGGUGACCUGAGCUGGGCGAGGUGUGAUAAGUGGGUGCCAAGAUCAAGGUAUUUGACCAUUUCUCCUGGGCAGGUCAGCUGAGAACUAGAGUUAUCUCGUAAGUCAGGUGGGAGAUUGGAUGGGGAUGCAGAGUUCUGUUUGGGGGAGAAAAUAGUCUUGGACUAGCUGGGGCAGGGAGCUGCCAGAGAGAGUGCUCAAGAAGACGUUACCAUUAGGAGAAAGAUGAAGUUCAGAUGCAGGCUUAGGAAAACAGGUAACUUGACAGAAGGUAACAAAACCAGCCUACCCAACUGAUUCAUGAAUGUGGUUUAGUUAAAUGAGUCUGGAUGGGAACAAAAAUAGGUCACAGAGUGAUUGGAGGUGUGGAGAAGGCUCAACAGGGUCUGGCUGACCUCACCCUCACCUGAAGCCUGGGUGAGGAAUCUUUGGGACCGGGUGGAGAGGGUACCAUAUGUAAAGAGGCAAUUAGGAAGUAGUUUGGGGAGGUUUUGGAACGCUAUCUGACUUGUCUUCAGAGAAAGUUUGAACUGGUUGCAUUAGCAGCUAAGAGAAAUGGGCUUGAAAAUGGUGGAACUGGGGCCUCUGUACCAGUGGUGUGAGCCCAGCAAGUAUUUCUUCGUUGCCACCAGGCUGAAGAAUCUGUGUUGUAAACUCGUUCAUUCCUUUAUACUUUGUAUCAUUCUUUUCUGUUUCUUAAUAAAUUCUUUUGAAACAUGUG